AUGGUCAUCAUCGUGGCCUUGACCCAGUUUGAUGCCACGUCGGAGGAUCUAACCUGGAACUUGGUCACCAUUGUCGUCUGGGCUUCUGUUGAAGUGAAUCUCGUCACUGUAUCAAUCCGCCCCGCCAUCCUGUACCUCUUCACAUGCACCAACCCGACAUCGACUAUCGGCUCCGGUUCCAACAGCUACGGACCCAGCUACGGCCGCAGUCAAACCAAGAACACGAUUCGAUUAUCUACCCUCCCCAACAACAAAGACAACGACGAGUCAAGAUCCACUCAUCAACUUGCCGAUUCCGAUCAAGGUGGUCGCGGGUCAUUGUCUGACUUUGAGAAUCAUGCCAUGGACCGAUACCGAGGAAAUCUGUCAACUGUUACUGGUCGUGCUCAUGAUCAUGGCUCUGAGGAAUUCAACACUGGUUCGCCGUUUGGCGGAAUCAUGGUCAAGAACGAGACUACUGUUCGUAUUUCGACUGCUAGACAGUAA